UGGUUUCCAGGAGGCAGUGAGACUAGUCUUUGCAUACAGGACAAAGAAAGCACAAGGCAUUUACAAUUACUGAUAGGUGGAGUUGUAGCUUCCAGCCAAUUUCUAUUGACUUCUCCAAAGAAAAAAACAUAAAGUUGCUUGCAAAUUGCAGUGACUUUUUUAAUAGCUAGUCUUCCACUGAGAGAGAGAUCUCUCAGUAUACCAUUGAUUUCCUAAUUUCCCUCACCAAAUUUCUUAAACCUUUCUCAUGAUCUGUGCUUCCUUUUUCUGAUUGAAUCGAAUCAUCGCGUAUUCUGUUCUUGAUCUGUAUCUUUCUUGCUUGAAAGAUCAGCUUUCCCAGAGUUUCAACAUUGGGGCGCGUCCACACGUUUCCCCACUCAGCAAUUAGCUUCAGAUUCUUUUGUUAAAAUUCUUUUGAAUCCAGGGCAAAAUGGUUCAAUCAAAUGACCCAUUUUGGCACCAUGUUGCGGAGAUGAAGUGUAUGUAUUGUGGGCAUCAAUUUGCUGCUGCUACUUCCAUUUCAAGGAUCAAAUGGCAUUUGUCAGGAGAGGAAGGGCAUGGUGUUGCAAUUUGUGGACAAGUUCCUAAACAAGUUCAAGAAGCAGCUUUUCUAGACAUGCAAGGUCGCAACAAAAGACAUAAAGGCAUAGCAAGCUCAAGCAAUGUUAAUGAUAAUGCCAUUUCAUCCACUCCACAAGAACAAAAUAAUGAAGUCGACAAUUUGGCAGGAGAUGCAGGAAAGACACAAGCACCAGAUAUAAUGGAGGUUGAUACAGAGAACGAGCCACUGAUCAAAAUGCUUCGACAGAAGGAUCCAGUUUUGCAUCAUGUUGACAGAUCUUUUUGGGAGCAUCAUGUUGACAGAUCUUUUUGGGAAUAUCUUGAAAAGAUGGAUGAUGGUCGCAUGAGGUGUAAGUUUUGUGGGCAUUUAUUUCCCAAAGCUACUUCCAUUUGGAGGAUCAAAUUCCAUUUAGCAGGAGUGACAGGCCGUGGUGCUAAAAAUUGUGCACAAGUGCCUCAACAUAUCCAGGAUGCAGCCCUUGCAGCAAUUGGUGGCCCUCCAGCAAAAAAACCUAAACCUCUAGGUGGCUCAAGCAAUGACGAGGUCACUAAUGCAAUUUCAGCUUCAGCACAACAACAGAACAAUGAAAUGAUGAUUGGACACCAACGAGAAGAUCUUUCUCUCGAAGAUUGGAUGGCUAGCAUCACUGUUGAAGACAUGGAGCUUCUGGAGAGAGGAGGAGCAACCAGGAUUGGAUCUUCUGUUAGGGGAGGUCGCGAGACAGGCGAAGCAGAGCAACUGCUCAAAAUGAGUCGACCAAAUGAUCCUUUUUGGGAAUAUGUUGAAAAUAAGGAUGGUGGUAGCAUGACGUGCAAGUUUUGUGGGCAUUGUUUUACCCAAGGUACUUCCAGUAGGAGGAUCAAAUUGCAUUUGGCUGGAGUGAGAGGGCGUGGUGUUAAAAUUUGUAAAAAUGUUCCACAAGAAGUUCGAGACGCAGCUUGUGAAGCAGUUAAUGAUAGCCCUCCAGAAAAGAAACUUGAAACUGCUGCAGGCUCAAGCACAAACGAGGUCGCUAAUGCAAUUUCAGCUUCAACGCAAGAACAGAACAUUGAAGUGACAUAUGUAGAGAUGGCACUACAAGGAGGACCUUUUUUCACUAGAGAACUUGCAUGGGCAAAUGAUUUGAGAGGUAGCUCUCAUGAUUCAUCCCGACCAGCAGAUGAUCAACUCUGUUCAUCAGUAAACAAUGAUGUCAAUAUGAAAGAUGUGCAGAACAAGGUUGGAGUCAAGACAGAACCAGUACUGUUUCAAGUGGUGGAACAAAGCAAUGCAGAACCUGUCAGUUUGGCAGGGCAUGCUGGAAGUAUACAAGUAGGAGUUCAUGGCAUGGAACAAGGUGCGGAGGAAGAGAGAAUUUGCCCGAACUUAGCGGCAAAUGGCAUGGAAAACCCUUGUGAUGGAUCUAGUCAGCAUUCCAGGAGACUCAUAAUUGAUGCACAAGAUAAUACAAACUCUGCUUUUUUAAUUAAGGAGGAGGAUGUGGAGAACAAUCUUGGAAGAUUAGUGCAGCCCGGCGCAGGAGCUAGCUCUUCUGGAGGGGUUGCAUGCAAAACAAAUAAGAUUAAAGGAGAUGCAUUACUAACGAGAAAAAUGGUGGGUCAAGCAUUCAACGACCACAAGGAGACUAUCCAAUCUUUGUUGGAGCACAAUGAAGUUUCAAGCAUUGGCAUCUAUGGGAUGGGCGGAGUGGGAAAGACCACAUUGGUGACACACAUUUAUAAUCAGCUUCUAGAAAGACGAGACACUCAUGUUUACUGGAUUACUGGUUCACAGGAUACCAGCAUUAAUAGAUUGCAGACAAGUCUCGCAAGACGUAUUGGUUUAGAUCUUUCCAGUGAAGAUGAGGAGCUGCAUAGAGCGGUCGCGUUGAAAAAAGAAUUAAUGAAGAAACAGAAAUGGGUUCUGAUUUUAGAUGAUUUGUGGAAGGCUUUUGACCUACAAAAGCUAGGAGUUCCUGACCAAGUUGAGGGAUGCAAGCUGAUUCUCACAACUCGAUCAGAAAAGGUUUGUCAACAGAUGAAAACCCAACACACGAUCAAAGUGCAGCCUAUUUCGGAGGAGGAGGCUUGGACCUUGUUUAUUGAGAGACUUGGAGAUGACAUAGCACUUUCUUCAGAAGUGAAACGAAUUGCUGUGGAUAUUGUAAGGGAAUGUGCUGGUUUGCCAUUGGGAAUUAUUACAAUGGCAAGAAGCAUGAGGGGAGUGGAUGAUCCAUAUGAGUGGACGGAUACAUUGAAGAAAUUGAAAGAAUCAAAAUGUAGGGAAAUGGAAGAUGAGGUAUUCCAGUUAUUGAGGUUUAGUUAUGAUCAGUUAAAUGAUUUAGCAUUACAACAAUGUCUCUUGUAUUGUGCAUUGUAUCCUGAAGAUCAUGAGAUUGAAAGGGAAGAGCUGAUAGGUUAUUUGAUCGAUGAGGAAAUAAUUGAAGAAAUGAGGAGCAGGCAAGCAGCAUUUGACGAGGGACACAUGAUGCUUGAUAAACUUGAAAAAGUCUGUUUAUUGGAAAGAGUUGGUUAUCGUAGAUAUGUCAAGAUGCAUGUUUUGAUUAGGGGCAUGGCCCACCAAAUACUCCAAACGAACUCUCCAGUCAUGGUUGGGGAUUUUCGUGGAGGAUUACCAGAUGUGGAUAUGUGGAAAGAGAAUCUAGUGAGAGUCUCUCUGAAGCAUUGUUAUUUCAAGGAAAUUCUUUCUAGUCAUUCACCAAGAUGUCCCAAUCUUUCAACUUUAUUGCUAUGUGAUAAUGAAGGGUUGCAAUUUAUUACAGGUUCUUUUUUCACGCAAUUGCAUGGGCUCAAGGUUCUUGACCUGUCUCAUACAAACAUCACAAAAUUGCCUAAUUCUGUCUCUGAACUGGUGAGUCUCACUGCAUUGUUGCUCAAAGAAUGCAGAAAUUUAAGGCAUGUACCAUCAUUAGAAAAGCUCAGAGCACUGAAGAGGUUAGAUCUCUCUGGUACUCGGUCACUUGAAAUGAUGCCUCAAGGCAUGCAAUGUCUAUCCAACCUGAGGUAUCUGAGGAUGAAUGGAUGUGGUGAAAAGGAGUUUCCUCCUGGGAUAUUACCAAAUCUUUCUCAACUGAAAGUCUUUAUAUUAGAGGAGAUUGAUUAUGACUACUUUCCAGUAACAGUUGAAGGAAAGGAAGUAGGAUGCUUGUGGGAGUUGGAAAAUUUGGAAUGCUAUUUUAAGGGUCAAUCUGACUUUGUGGAGUAUCUCAAUUCUCGGAAUAAGAUCCAAUCACUAAGAAAAUACCAUAUUUUCGUAGGAUCACGGGAUAAAGGUUGUGAUCGUGAAAUAGAUGAUGGUGAAAUGAAGCUUGAUUAUGGCAUAAGUAAAACAGUUUCGUUGGGUAAUUUGCGUAACCAAGGAGAUGGAGAUUUUCAAGUCAUGUUCCCAAAAGACAUUCAACAACUGGUUAUUUAUGAUUGUUCAUGUGAUGUUUCCUCUCUAAUAGAGCAUUCAACAGAACUGGAGGUCAUCCACAUUGAGGAUUGCAGUAGCAUGGAGAGCUUGAUUUCAUCUUCUUGGUUCUACCCUUCUCCAACACCAUUGCCAUCUUAUAAUGGUGUAUUUUCUGGUCUUAAAGUGUUCAAUUGCUCUGGAUGUAGUCGUAUGAAGGAGUUGUUCCCUCUUGUCUUGCUGCCAAACCUCGUAAACCUAGAAAAGAUUACAGUUAGAGAUUGUGAGAAGAUGAAGGAGAUAAUAGGUGGAACAAGAUCAGAUGAAAAAGGGGUUAUGGGUGAAGAAAGCAACAACAACAGCUUUGGACUCAAAUUGCCAAAGUUAAGAGAACUGACAUUGAGGGGAUUACCAGAACUGAAAAGCAUUUCUAGUGCAAAACUGAUUUGCGAUUCCCUGGAAUUAAUUGAAGUAUUGUAUUGUGAGAAGCUGAAGAGGAUGCCAAUAUGUCUUCCGUUGCUUGAAAAUGGCCAGCCAUCUCCUCCCCCUUCUCUUAGAAGAAUUGAGAUAUGUCCAGAAGAAUGGUGGGAGUCAGUAGUGGAGUGGGAGCAUCCUAACACUACAUAUGUCCUUCGUCCCUUUGUAAAGGUUCAGGAGACGAUAUUGCCCCUUGAUUUGGAUAUUGAAUUUCGGGGCCGAAAAAGAAAGGGGAUGGAAAUGGUUAUACAGAAUGAUCCAUUUUGGGAAUAUGUUGAGAAGCUGGAUGGUGGAAGUUUCAAGUGUACAUUUUGUGCCUAUAAAUUUGCUACUGCUACUUCUGUUUCGAGGAUCAAAUGGCAUUUGGCAGGGCGUGGUGUUAAAUUAUGUGACAAAGUUCCUGAAGAAGUUCAAGAUGCAGCCCGUGCAGCAAUUGAUGGUCCUCCAGAAAAGAAACAAAAAGUUAUAGCAGGUUCAAGCAAUAACGAUGGCAAUAAUGCAAUUACAACUUCUGCACAAGAACAAAACUAUGAAGGGAGACAUGUAGAAAUGGCACAACAAGGAGAAGCUUUUUCCCCUACAGCGCUCAAAGUUUGUUUGGAUAGCAUCGUUGAUAAAGAGAUUGAGUUUAGGCAUGAUGCAUCUGAGACUAUACCGAUAACCGAACAAGUGCAGAAUCUGAAGAGAGGUAGCUCUCUUGAGAGGCCAUCAAUUAAUCAAGCUGACGGGCCUCGAGGAGAUUCAUCCCCACCAAAGGAUCUAUCGUGUCUUGGCCUUGGAAGUUAUCAUGAUCAACUCUGUUCUCCAUCAGUAAAAAACGAUGUCAUGAUGGAUGAUGUGCAGAACAUAGUUAGGGAGAAAACAGAGCCAGUAGCUAGUAUGUUAGAGCAAAGCAAUACAAUACUUAAUAAAUUGGCAGGUGAUGAUGGAAGGAUACAGGUGGGAGUUCAGGGCAAGGAACAAGGUGCAGAGGAAGAGUUGAUUUGUUCGCAUCCAGAAGCGGAAAGUAGCAUGGAAUACACCUGUGAAGGAUUUAUUCAGCAAAUUGACAGAAAUGUCUCCCCAGAACGAGCUAGAUUAAUGGAGAACAGUAGUGGAAGAUUAGUGCAAACCGGCACAAGUGCUAGCUCUACAAAGCUAGUGGGUCAAGCAUUUGAACAGAAUAUGAAGGUGAUAAGGUCUUGGUUAAUGGAUGAUGAAGUCUCAACUAUUGGCAUUUACGGAAUGGGGGGAGUUGGUAAAACAACAAUGCUGCAACAAAUCUGUAAUGAGCUUCUAGGAAGACCAGGCAUUUCUCAAGAUGUUUGCUCGGUGACUAUAUCUCAAGACUUUAAUAUUAAAACAUUGCAAAAUCUCAUUGCUAAACGUCUUGAUUUAGAUAUUUCAAGCGAAGACGAUGAUAAGAGUAAAGCUGUCAAAUUGGCAAAAGAACUAGAGAAGAAACAAAAAUGGAUUCUCAUUUUAGAUGAUUUGUGGAACUCUUUUGAGCCACAAGAAGUGGGGAUUCCUAUCUCAUUGAAAGGAUCCAAGCUCAUUAUGACAACUCGAUCAGAAAUGGUUUGUCGGCAGAUGAAUAGCCAAAACAAUAUAAGAGUGGAUCCUCUUUCUGAUGAAGAAUCUUGGACUUUGUUCAUGGAGAAGCUUGGACAAGACAAACCACUUUCUCCAGAAGUGGAACGAAUUGCUGUAGAUGUUGCAACGGAAUGUGCUGGUUUGCCAUUGGGAAUUGUUACAUUAGCAGAAAGUUUGAAGGGAGUGAAUGACCUAUUUGAGUGGAGGAUUACAUUGAAGAGAUUGAAAGAAUCAAAUUUUUGGCACAUGGAAGAUCAGAUAUUCCAGAUAUUAAGAUUGAGUUAUGAUUGUUUAGAUGAUGCAGCACAACAAUGCUUCGCAUAUUGUGCAUUAUUUGAUGAAUGUCAUAAGAUUGAAAGGGAGGAGUUGAUAAAGUCGUUUAUCGAGGAGGGGAUAAUUAAAGAAAUGAACAAUGGCCACUCAAUUCUUGAUAGACUAGAAGAUGUCUGCUUAUUGGAAAGAAUUGAUGGUGGUAGUGCUGUUAAGAUGCAUGACUUGCUCAGGGACAUGGCCUUGCACAUACUGGAUGAGUACUCUCUAAUCAUGGGCUAAAGAAGAAGAAGAAGAAGAAGAAAUCAAAACAGACUUUGCUGGUGACAAACUUAAUUACAGAGAUUGCAUCUGUAGUUUUUUAUCAACUGGGUUAUGCAUUAUAUAUGUAUGGAUAUGCUCGUCAGACAAAAGAUAAUCCAAUCAAGAUGUGUCAUUUUCUUAUUA